CGUCACAGCAGAGAACUAAAAUUGUAUUUGAACUGGGCAAAAUAUAUGAACAGAUAUCUUUAAUGUUCUUUCUUACUAGUCAAAUUAUAACUUGUGACUCGUCAAAAUGCAAUUGUAGAUAUUGAAUUGAAAAUAUAAUUACGGAUAGUUAUAACGGCUUGCCGUAUGCUACAAUAGCUUUCAGUUGUGUGAGAUGAUUUACGGAGCGCUGUCGCUUUAAAGCUUCAGGAAAGGGGGAAUACUCUUGUUGUUGUUGUCGUGUACAGUUGGACCUCGAUGAACUGAAGCAUGGCGGUCACACGAAAGCGUCCUCAUAAGAGCUAUACAGAGAAUAACAGCGGCACAUCAACGUUAUCUUCACAGUUAUUCGCUGCAGCUUUCUACGGACUCGCUUCUUUCUUCAUUGUUGUUGUUAACAAGAGUGUUCUCACUAAUUACAGAUUCCCGUCAUCUUUAUCAGUGGGAAUUGGGCAAAUGUUUGCAACGGUUGUUGUGUUGCGAGGGGCAAAAUCAUUGAAUGUGAUAGAUUUCCCAGCUUUUGACAGUAAUGUACCCCAUAAGGUAUUUCCACUCCCUUUUCUGUAUGUGGGAAAUCAAUUAACUGGCCUGUUUGGAACAAAACAACUCAACCUGCCAAUGUUUACUGUGCUCAGAAGAUUCUCCAUCUUGUUCACGAUGAUGUUUGAGGGUUACCUGCUGAAAAAGAAGUUUUCAUGGUCCAUUAAAGCAACUGUGUUUACCAUGAUCUUGGGAGCAUUUAUCGCUGCAAGUACAGAUUUCACUUUUGACCUCCAUGGAUAUGUGUUCAUUACUCUAAACAACAUUCUGACUGCUGCUAAUGGAGCUUAUAUGAAACAAAAACUGGACUCCAAGGAGCUGGGAAAAUACGGGCUGCUGUAUUAUAAUGCUUUAUUCAUGAUUAUUCCCACUAUGGUUUUAGCAUACUUCACUGGAGACAUACAGAAAGCUUUAGAAUAUGAUGGUUGGGCCGACCUUUUUUUUGUGAUUCAGUUUGUGUUAUCAUGUGUUAUGGGGUUCAUUCUCAUGUACUCGAUUAUGUUAUGUACCCAUUACAACUCUGCUUUGACGACUUCCAUUGUUGGCUGUAUCAAGAAUAUCUUUGUGACAUACAUCGGGAUGGUGUUUGGUGGAGAUUAUAUCUUUACUUGGCUGAAUUUUAUCGGCCUAAACAUCAGCAUUGCUGGCAGUCUGGUGUACUCGUACAUCACUUUCACUAAAGAACAAAAAAAAAAAAGUUGAUGGGAAAAAACUAUAGCAUCAAUAGAAGAAUGAUAAUUGAUGUUGGACAUCAAGAACCUCGUCAGUGGAGAACACGAGCGAACACAUUUCACAGGGUCUUGCUAUAGAGCACAGCAUUGACCAGCCACUAUUUCAGCUGUUUUGUUUUCUAAGUAUAUGUCCCAUUUAUUUUCUCCAUUAGCAUUCCAAAAUAUUAUUAAAAAAAAGAGUUGUAAGGCAUGAAUCACACCAACUAGCUCCGAAAUGCAUCUCUCUAAAAACAGAAACAAAAAAGUAUGUGAAAAUUGAAAAAUAGACAAAGUACAAGACUGUAUUGAAUGAACUACUCGUCCCAUGAAUUAAUUGUUGGCGUAAUUUCAUUAAAAAAAAACAAUAGCGCGACAUAGAUAUUAUUUCAUGCUUAUUGCAAAACUUUUAGACAUAUACAGAUAUACAAGUAGCUGAGCGUUUAGGUAGACUCGAUUACGUCAAUCGCGGUGCUUUAUGGGAGUAGGCGAUCACUGCAGAGCUCUUUUAACGUGAUUCCAAUUUCUCUGGUAACAGCUUCCCCUCCGAUUGGUGGGUCUCUGUUGAGGAUUAUGGGUAGUGUAGUUCCUCAGCAGGAGUUUGGUCAGUAAACACAAUUAAAAAAAAAAUACGUUAUUGAUAUCAAACUUUUACAGAAGUAUUUACCAUCGCUUUACCGCGGCGUUCAAGUCUGUCGUACAGGAUUAUUGUUUUUGUAAAAAAUACAUUUCUUUAUGGAGAAAAUGAUUGGGAUAUUUACUUCUGGAUCCAGACUGUUGUGCUCUGUUGUUAUCAUUCCAUAACACUUGACCUUUAAGAUGCCAGAUUGUUGACUCUUUGCUAUUAUUUUUUUUCUAUAUUAAUUGUGUGGUGUUUAUAUAGUUAAUGUAAUUAUUUUAAUACAUUUUUAAAUGAAGUAUUUGUAAUGAAAUUGAAUAUGAUCUAUUGAAUUAAAAAAAACAUUU